AUGACUAUGGAGCGAUCAUGCACCCAGUGUCAUCAGCGCAAAGUCCGAUGUAGCAAGACGCUGCCCUGCUCGGCGUGCGUGCGUCUCGGGGCGACGUGUCGAUUCCCCACCACCGACGCCAACGCUCAUCGGCCUCGGAGGGUUCAAAAAAUCACCAUCACCGAUCGGAUUGCUCAGCUGGAACGGAGUCUGACGAUUUUAGCAAACAGUGCUGGGCCCUUGCAAGGUCCUGAGAAUCCGAACGUCCGAGACACGUCCACGACGUUACUGCCAGAACCACCGCAAUCUCCCAAUCGCGCACAGGAGGUUCUUGUUCCGGACGGUGCUUCGACUCGCUACAUCAAUGAAACAUUCCUGUCGCAGAUCCUGGACAAAGAAAGGGCCCUUUACAAAGUCAUAGGUACUCCACGGGAGACGGAGGAAAUCACCUCAGGCUUGCGACCGGAAGGCCUGUUGGCAAGCUCCAGACGCCCUACAAAUUGGAGUAACGAGUUGGAGCUUUCGCGCUGGCAGUCUGCACAGUUAUGGCAGAUAUAUCGCAACAAUGUCGACCCCGUAGUCAAAAUUCUUCACCUGCCGACGGUGGAGCCGCUGGUGUAUGCGACCAUGAAUGGUGAAGGUUCGGACGACUGCAGGGCUCUUCUGUUUGCCAUUUACUUUGCUGCUGUGACCAGCCUGUCGGAGGUCGACGCCGCAAACCUCCUCGGUCGCGAUAGACGAUCCUGCUUACUGGACUUCCAAGCCUGUAUUGAAAAGGUUGUAAUCGACGCCGCCUGUCUGGACGCGCCGACCAUGUUGUCCCUGCAGGCCCUAGCAAUCUAUAUCGUGAGAUUAGCCUGUCCCAUCCCUGCGCAAUCGAACUGA